GCCGCGGCGGCUGCCGCCAUGGGGCUCUGCCUGCCCUGCCUGGGCGGCGCCGUCAAGGACGUGGUGGAGACGCCCGACCCGGAAAUCAAAAGACGACAGCUAGCAGAAGCUGCCGAGAAGAGGCAGAUGGAGGCUUCCUCUCGUGGUAUUAAGAACGCUCAAUCUGUAGAGCAAAAGAAAAAGAAGCAGGAAGAAAUAGAAAGAAGAAUGGCAGCUUCAGGUUCUGGAGGAGAAGGAGGACUGAGAUGGCAGGUUGGAUAAAGAGCUCAACUCCCGAAGAGAAGAAAAUUGACAUUUACUGCCAAAAACUUGCCAGUUUGUGCAGCUGAGCAGCACUUGUUCACGUAGCUUCUGCUCUUUGCAUCCGAAGACUCAGCAGUAUUUUGCCAGCAGAGGAGGGCAGAUGGUGGAAGAGCAAAAUAGGACUAUUAAGUCCUAAUAAAGGACUCCAGCCUCUGAACACAAAGUUCUGGCCGAUUUUUGUUUUUCCAUGCAUGUUUUAUUGCUUCCCUGGCAGGGAGUGGGAUAAACCCUCGUCUGUGUACAUGGCCUCCUUACCUGGAGCCGGUCAGUGUAGAUGAUCUUGUCCGUUGAUGUACGUCAGAACAGCGCUUGUCGAUGACACUUAUUUCAAGCUGUGCAAUUAAACUUCUGUGUCCUCAUCUAGAAAAUUGUUGUAAGUUCAAAUAUGUGGAUGACGACUUUUCAGUUCCCUAAUGACUUUUGGACUGCUUAUGGAUUCAGUGCCUUUUUGAAAGGAAAGGAGAUGAAGGAUGGCCGUUAAAAGUGGAAGCAUUUUGUGACACUACUUAAUAGCAGCCUUUAUAAACCCUGUACACUUAAUGUUUUAUUAAGKCUAGGUGUUGUUCUCAUUUUGAGAUGUGAAUUUCUUUUGAGCCUGUAUUU